AUGCCAAAAGCAUCAAUUAUAUCAAUCAUUUUAUUAACAUUUUCUUUGAUUUCACUUAUAUUUUCAUUUUCUAGUUAUUGGUACUAUGAUAAAACAAAGGUAAAUGGUAAGGUUAUUUUGGAGCAUUUUUACGAAUACAACAAAUAUAAAACAUUAAAAACACUGAAUACCAACUCGACAGUAUCAACCACCACAACCACCAUUCAAUACUAUGACUCUCAAGAUGAAUAUAACAAUAGAAACUAUUUAACCAUCUUCAGACUUUCAAUAGCAUUUGCAAGUGUAUCAUUUAUAUGUAUUGCCAUAACUCUUGUAUAUUUAUUUUAUCAAACACUCCGAAAAACUCAUCACCCUCCUCACAGACUGCACCAAUAUAUUAGAAUUUUCUUUAAAAUGCUUAUAUUAUUUGGUGUUUUAUGUUCUGGAAUAUCCUUAUUUAUUUUUAUAGGUGUAAACGACGAAAAGAAAAAAGAUUGUCUUAGGCUUUACUCUAAAAAUCUAUGUAAUAAUAUAAAUACUAAAUUUUUUUAUACCUAUAGUUAUGUAGACAAUAGUGCAAGUGGCGAUGAAAACAGCGAUGGUUUACAUUUAAAGCAAACCGAUAGUUUCACAUUCUAUGCCCAGCCCUAUAUAGCUUGGUACAUGAUGGUUUGUGCCACCACACUUUCAUUAAUAUCAGUGUUUGUAAUUUUUAUGGGCGAUGCAUUCGACACAACCAAACUAAACUACCAAACUAUUCUUUAA